AUGUCUUCUAUAACGUAAUUAGAUGAAGAAUACAAAAUUUAUUUUGAAUAAAUAAUGGGAAUGUUAGACUAACUAUCCUCUAUAAGUCUAGAAUUUGUGAGCUCUAAAUUGACUUUCCUUGAAAAAUAUUCAUAAACUCUUAAAGAUUCAUAAAUAGAUGCAAGAUAACACAGAAACAAUCAAAUAAAACAUUUAAUUGAUUAUGUGAAAAUGCAUCGUAAGUCUUUAAAUCGAUCUUCAAUUCAUAAUCAUUCAAGUAAAACCUUUCAUUUUCAUAACAAUUCACUUGAUAUUUAAGACUCUUAUCUAUAAGAUAAUAUAUAAAUAAUGCCAAACUCAUGUUUAAAUUAGAAAAGUACGAGUGAUUCCAAGUCAAUGCAUACAAAAACUAUUAAAAAUAUAUUUUAAAAGAUGGUUUAAACAAAGUGUUCUCCCUAGAAGAAUUUUAAUGAUCCAGUUCUUAAUUUACUAUAAAAUGCUAUGAGUUUGUUGGAAACCCAUCAAAAGUUGUACUAGGGUGAAUUCAAUAAACUAAAUAAAGAUUAUGAAGAAAUUCUAAAAGAAAAUCCAUAAUUUUAAGCUAAAAAAAGUAUAUAAAAUAAAUCAAGCAAAAUCAAAUAAAACUUGAAUUCUCUUAUUGAAACUUAAAAAUCAUUCAAGUCCUAUUUGAAUUCAAUAAUGUGA